AUGUCGACGACGAUAGCGAUGAACCAAGUUCAGAUCCUCGCCUUCCUUCACCUCGCUGCCUUUCAGAUCCCGCAGUCCAGGCCAACGCCGCACGUUUGCAGACUAUUAUUCACCACUACCAUGGGUCUGCUAUCUGCUCUAACAACAGGGUGGUGGGGUCGCUUCGGCGAGCGAUAUGGACGGACGAAAGUCUUGGCCAUUGCAACCUUUGGCCUAUUCUGGACCGAUCUUAUCUUUGUCCUCGCAUCCUCUCCCAGUCUCCCUUUCCCUCUAUCAUGGUUCUCUUACGCUUCCACACCCAAUCGCGCAGCUCAACUCCUUCUACUCGCUCCACUCGUGGAAGGUUUGCUCGGCGGAUGGUCGACUUUGCAAUCAGCGACGUCAGCAUACAUCAGUGAUUGUACCUCCCCGGGAUCGAGGGCCCAAAUCUUUUCCAGGUUUACAGGCGUGUUUUACCUCGGAUUCAGCGCAGGCCCUGCGAUUGCUGCAUGGGUAAUCCGCCACCCAGAACUCUUCCCCUUUCCGUCGUCAUCGGACCCGGGUUCAGGUUCUGGCACGCUGGUUGACCUUGCCGGCAAAACCGCUCAACAGAGGCAGAAAGUCACUGCUGUUUUCUGUAUCGCCGUAAUCUGCUCUUUCAUCAACUUCCUCCUCGUCCUCUUCGUCUUUCCCGAGUCGCUCUCGAGGGAAAGGAGAGAGCAAGCAACACGGGCUCAUGACAAUCAACAUACGUCAUCGACCUGCAGCACCAACUCCUCUGGAUACAAGGGGAAGGGUAAAGAGAAGACCCUCGACCUUCCUGUAACUGGUGUCGAAGACGUCGAGGGUGUCGGUAUUGGCGCUAUCGUCGAUCCCGAUGAAAUUUUGUCCCCCAUUUCUGCCCAAUCGUCCGGCGCACUAUCAAGACGAGCUUCGUUCAACGCCACCGAAGGCAAGGGAUCGACCGACCGUACACCAAGUGUCGGGUUGGCUUCUGACUUGGCCAGGGAGAGCAUCGUGAUUCGGUUCCUACGACCGCUCGCUAUCUUCCUUCCCGUUUACGUGGACAUGCCUACCCGCAAUGGCUUGACUGUCAAGAGGCGGAAGGAUUACAGUUUGACUUUGUUGGCAGCUGGUUUAUUUGCUUGGAUGUUGAGCACUGGUGUUUACCAAAUCAAGUAUCUGUAUGCCGGGCAUACGUACCGAUGGGGAGCUGAACAGCUUAGCUACUACAUCUCCUUCAUGGGAGGAGCGCGAGCUACCUUCCUUCUUGUAUUGCUACCUUUCCUCAUCGCCACCUUCAGGUCGAAGCGCAAACCUGAGUCGCAAACUACAGCCUCCGGUUCCAGUAACGGUAAAGGGAAGGCUCGAGCAGAGCACCCUCACCACGUUGAAGACGGGGAUGUUGAAGCCAACGAUGGUGCCAAGGCGAGCAAGAAGCCUCCACCAACACGGCUUCAACUCGGCAAAGACAUUCGCUUCGACCUCCGUCUCACCAGGUGCUCCCUUCUCAUUGAUAUUAUUGGAAACAUGCUCGUGGCCAUCGCACCUUCCCCGACCAUGUCCGCAAACGCCCUCUUUUCUAGCACAAGCCAUAAACACAGGGGUCACCCUUCUUGGUCGAUGACCCGGGAUCAAAGUCAGGCUCUCUUCAUCCUCGCCAGCGGCUGCAACUCCUUUGCUAGUGGAAUGGUUCCUGCCGUUCACAGCUUGGCCUUGUGCAUUGUCCAGGCUAGAACCUUGGAACCCGACUUUGGAAUUGAAAGUCACAGCUCUGAAGGCCAGCGAGGAGAAUCCGCUGCCCCCACUGCCGCCCCUGUCGACACUGGAACCCUUUUUGGCGCAUUCGCCGUUCUUCAAGCCGUGGGCCAAAUGAUCCUCGGCCCCAUGCUGUUCGGUAUCGUGUACAGCCAAACGGUUGCUUCUCACCCCAAAAUUAUUUUCGUGGUUGCCACUAGCCUGUUGGUCUUCGCCCUCGUCCUAAUUUCGAUCGUCAAAAACCCCGUCGGUGAAGUUAGGUUGGCGAGGAAGGACAAGAAGUUCAGGAGGCGGAUGGAAGCUGGAUACGGGGCGUUGGCUAUCCCUUACUCUGGUCCCAAUGGAUCUGGCGCACGCUAUAUUGGUGGGGGAAUUCGCAAAGCUAAAGGAAAGAAUUGGGAGAGGGAUAUCGAGAGGAGGGGGAGGCCAAGGCAGAGCAAAGAUUUACGGGGUGGUGCCAUCGGUUGGUAUUGCCAUCCGGAGGGGAAGGAUAGGAAUGGCGGAGGCAACCAGCAUCUUAUAGCGCAAUCCGCUUAG